AUGAGCAGCCGACAUGCUUCAUCACCUGACUCAUUCAGCCAUGAAGAUAUUCGUCUUGGUCCAAGUUGUUUGGACUCAGGUCAACACAAGCACGAAAAUAAUGCUGUUGAUCCAAUGUUAGAACGAUUAACAACAUUGGAGAACAACUUGACAUUGCUACUAAGUCGCGCUGAAAUUGAGCCCUAUGCAUCGUUAGAUGAUGCCUUAGCAGCGCCCAGCCGUUUCCAUCAACCCAUUAGCGUCAGAAUUACUGACCCGAUAGCGUCACCGAAACCGGGCGCUGACGAGAACAAAAUGCCAUUUUGGAGAUCACGAAUAAUUGCAUUGUACAUUGAUUGGGCAAAAUCAUUUGCUUGUUUCCGAAACCUUCCUCAUGCUGACAAGGUAAUUUCUGUUGUUGUCGCCUGA